UCAGUAACUUCCGUUAGUGAAAGAAAGCUCGAUUCCAGUUUAGCGACAACACCUCAACUAAUUUUAGUCGUUGUAGGCGGUUAAUUUCCCGCCAUUACUUGCUAUUUUUAACAAAACUCGAGAUCAUUCCGUAUACACCAUGACGGACAAUCAGUAUUCGAGUUACCAACAGGGGUACAAUCAAUACAGUCAACCCCCUCCGACAGCAGGACAGGAUACAUCUUAUCCACCACCUUCUACCGGUGGUGGUAAUUACAAUCAAUAUAGUCAACCCCCUCCUAAUACUGGAGCUAGUUAUGGGAAUUAUAAUGCUUACAAUACCGGAGGUGGCCAAGAUUACAAUCAAUCACCUGGUCAAAGUGGUUAUGGACAAAACAGUUACAGUGGCAGUAAUUCUGGUAACAGCGGUAGUGGAAGUUACGGAGGUGGAGGAGGAGGAGGAGGAAGUUAUGGUCAUGGAGGAAGCAGUAACAGCGGUGGAGGUGGAUAUAAUCGUAGCAACUCUAGUGGAGGAUACGGUGGAGGUCAAGGUGGCGGAGGAGGUAGAUACGGGGAUCGUGGAGGAUACGGAGACCGGUCUAGUGGUGGCUAUAACAGUGGCGGUGGCCGUGGUGGUUAUAACAAAGGGGGCUACGGUGACCGUAACAGUGGCGGUGAUGGAAUGGUCGUGCAAGAAGAUACCAUUUUCGUGUCUGGAAUGGAUCCAUCUAUUUCAGAAGACGAAAUUUGUGAACAUUUCGGAGCUAUUGGGCUAAUUAAACAUGACAAACGCACUGGCAAAGCAAAAGUGUGGAUGUACAAAGACAAAAAUACUGGAAAAUCUAAAGGAGAAGCAACAGUAACUUAUGACGAUCAAAAUGCUGCACUCUCAGCCAUAAAAUGGUUCGACGGCAAGGAUUUCAAGGGUUGUAAAAUUAAAGUACAAAUAGCACAGCAUAAAAGUAGUUGGCAAGGUAAUCGAAGCAGUGGUGGUCGUGGAAGCGGUGGCAGAGGACGAGGAGGUGGUGGAUUUGGUGGACGAGGAGGUGGGGGUGAUAGAGAUGACCAUUAUCGUGGAGGUGGUGGUGGUGGUGGCGGUGGUGACGAUCGUCGUGAUGGAGGAGGACGUGGCGGUGAUUGGAGGUGUCCAAACCCAGAUUGCGGUAACACAAACUUCGCAUGGCGAGAUCACUGCAAUCUGUGUAAAAGUUCAAAACCGGAAGGCGCUGGUAGCGGAGGUGGUGGCGGCGGUGGAGGCGGAGGUGGCGGCGGAAGAGGAGGUGGAGGACGUGGAGGAGGUGAUAGAGGAAGCCGUGGUGGAUUCCGAAGUGACAGGGGUGGUGGCAGAGGAGGAGAUAGAGGUGGAAGAGGUGGUGGAUUCCGCGGUGGUGACAGAGGUAGAGGUGGUGGACGUGGUGGACCAAUGAGAGGAGCUGGCGGACGUGGGGAUAGAGACAGAGACCGUCAACGACCUUAUUAAAUUUGUAUUCAUUUAAACAAUUUAAAAUGCAUUGUUUUUAAUAACAACAAUCUAAUGAUACAUAAAUACAUAAAAAUACAACUCCUCUCAUACACACAAAUACAUACACAUACUCAUUCAUUUACAUACCAGGAUUAUAUACACAUUAAAUAAAUAUUUUGUACGUGCUCUUAAUGAGUUCAUGUACAUUAUUUCUCGAGAAACAAAAAAAAGGAAUUAUCAUGACGACGAAGUAAUGUCAUUAUCAUUUAGUUUUAUCACAUAGUUUUUAUAUUCACUAAAGAAGAAAAA